UCUAUUCUAUCUCACACUCACAGAGAGAAGGACCUAUACUAACUGCUUUCCAGAAGACAAUGAACAACACAAUUUGUCAACAAAUCAGCUCUGACUUUUCAAGCAGAUUUCUGCCUUUUUACCUCUCAUAAGCCAGAUCAACCACGGAGGAAAAGAGUUGUACUAACUUCUUUCCAGAAGACAGAAUGAAUAACUCCUCUUGUCCUCGUGUUGACUUUGACUUUACAGCCAGAUUUCUGCCUCCUGUUUUCAUCUUAGUCUUCAUUAUUGGUCUGGUAGCUAAUGGAUGGGGAUUGAAGUCUUUGCUCCACAACUGGAAGAAGCUGGGUAACGUCAAUGUGUUCAUUCUCAACCUUGGACUAGCAGAUAUUCUGUAUCUGCUCACACUACCAUUUUUGAUGGUGUACUACAUUUUGACAGAGAAAUGGAUCUUUGGAGAUACAUUCUGCAAGAUAACAAGAUUCUGCUUCAACCUGAAUUUAUAUGGCAGCAUCGGGUUCCUGACUUGUAUAAGUGUGUACAGGUACUUGGCCAUUGUCCAUCCAAUGAGAGUGAUGGGAAGAAUAACUGUCACUCACUCUUUGGGGAUCUCAGUCAUGGUUUGGCUGUUGGUGAGCAUUCAAAGUCUUCCAGACAUGUUCUACAGCAAAACACCUCUAAACAACACUGAGAAAUGUUAUGAUACCACCAGUUCCAUCUAUGUUGAGGAUUACCUGAAAUACAGCCUUGGAUGGACACUCACUGGGUUUUGUAUCCCAUUCCUCAUCACACUGGGCUGCUAUGGACAUGUGAUUGUCGUUCUCUGCCGCACAAAUACCACCGACAAGGUACUGAAACAGAGAAGCUUGAAGUUGUUGCUCAUCUUGAUCCUUCUCUUCUCUGUUUGCUACAUCCCCUAUCAUGUACUGAAGAACCUCAGCCUCUGGUCAAGAGUUUUGAGGAAACAGAAUAUAUGCCGUGAAUGGUCCAAUGGAGUCUACAUUGCUAAACAGAUAAGUCGUGGCCUUGUGUGUCUGAACAGUGCUCUCAACCCUCUGGUUUACCUCCAUGUAAGUGAAGAUAUUCCUGCUCAGUUCAGACAGCUUCUCCAGCGAGCUCGUCAGAUGUUCAGCCAUCCGCCUCCAACAAACUCUAGUAGUGUGGCCAUGGCUCAGAUCACAUAAUGAAGGUGUAACACAAGAAAAAUAGUAACAUGUUAAAUAUUAUACUGUAUAUAUUAAUUGCCCGUCAAGCUGUUUUAUGGCUGCCUAUCGCCCCUAGUUAAAUUCCCCUGGUGUAAAUUGUCUGAUAUGCGAGUGAAAUUAAACAAUUGUAUUGCAUCAUCUGCCACUGUUACACAUUUAUUGUACCGGCUCAAGGUUUUAUCUAUGUGAAUGUCAUAUUACGGUUAACAAGCUCAAAAAAGCUCAGAUUAAAAAAGAAAAUGCACUUAAACUAUUCUGAAAAUGUCACUGCUCACUUUCAGAAAGGUUUGCUGAGAGAGCAUGACGACAUAUUGUGGUUACGGUGGGGAGGCUCCGUGCUAUGUAUGAUAUCUUUGGAUCGAAACAGGAAGUUCAUAGUGCGAAGGUGUAAAAAUAAAGAGGAUGCAAAUUGUAUGAGCUUCACCGACUGCAACACCCCUGUAUCAACUGCACAUCAAAGGGAUGCACAGGAAGACCAUAAAAGAAUAACGGCAGAUUAAUGUAUAUUGGUACUGGUACUGCAUAUAUACAGUAUAUAUAUAUAACUACUAUAAUGCACAAUGUGCGUUCAAAAGACAACAAGUCAUUAGAGAUGUUAACAACUAUGUCAGCAUAGUAUAGCAUAAGAAUCCUUCAACUUUAGUGAUUUUACUGUGUGGAAAUAGUAAUAAUUUUGAUUAAGCAUGGGUUGAGGAAAACAGUAUUAGACAACACAUUAAAUGAUGGUGAUUACAAAUCAGAAAAAUAUAAGAUACCAUAAACAUUCUGUAGGUACCCACGAGUCUUACAGACAUGCCCACAUUAUGAUAAUCACAUGCAAUUUUGGGGCAUGGGCAAUUUUUUUGUUUUUUGAAUGCAGUAUAAAUGU